AUGUGGAGCCAGUACAUACUCAUAAUUGGGGCUCUAACCUCCAUAUGCAUGGCCCAUAUCACCAGCUUGUACACAUUUGAGCCAAACUGGGAAAAUACACACUAUGCAAGAACCAUUGAUCUAAGUAAAGGCUACGUUAAGGAAACGGAUUUAAUCACCGUCAAAAACACAGUCUCGACUCCACAACGUGAAUACUACUAUAUGGUCAACGACGGGUUUGACAGUGUGGGAGAAUUGGCCAUAUUCAGUGUCGUGUUGGGAGACCAGUUGGUUGAAGUUCCAUUUGACGAAAUUGUGCCCAACCAAGUUUUCAAAUUGGAAUUGCCUGUGCCCGUGGCUCCAAACUCGGAGCUUGAAUUGAGAGUCAACUAUGUCUACAUUGAUAAGUUGGAGGCUGUACCUCAAAAGUUGGCGAAAUUGGAAGAUGUACAACAAUUACUAUUCAAGACUAAUAAGUUUGUAUAUUCACCUUACCCGACAAGGGACUACUCCAUGUCCUUGAGCGGCAUGACCAAAGGUCAGGAAAUGGAGUUGCAUAUAGAUGACGAGGUGAAUGCCACAACUACCACCACUCUGUUGAGCCCUCGAGUCGAAGGAACUAGUUUGAAAUAUGGACCGUUGGAUUCGGUGGUGGAGCCAUUUACGUUGAAACCGAUGGGAUUGAUGUAUGACCACAACCGACCACUCGCCAAAGCGAUAAGCUUGAACAGAUCAGUUUGGUUGCCUGCUUCAAAUGUCAAUCGUAUUCAAAUUGAAGAAUACUAUGAGUUGACUAAUGGUGGAGCUCAAUUAUCGACAGGGUUUUCCAGGGUGGACUGGAUGAAAGGAAGAUACGAGCAUACGAGAAACCACUGGGCUUUGAGCCACUUGGAGAUUCCGUUGUUGCUGAGAAAAUUUGAUGAUUACUACUACGUUGACAAAGUUGGCGUUGUUUCAACUCACCAAAUUGCUCAAAACCAUUUGAUCUUGAUGCCUCGCUUCCCCCUCUUGGGCAACUGGCAUUACAAUUUCACGUUGGGCUGGACUGAAGAAAUGGGCGAGUUUGUACACCAAUCCAAUGCCCAACCUGAUGAGUUUUUGAUUAAAUUGCCAUUGUUGAAUUCCGUGAGGGAUAUAAGCUACAAAGAUGUCUAUUUGGAGUUUUACUUGCCCGAAAACGCCGAGUUCUUGGGUGUCGCGUCUCCUGUCCCAUACGAUUCCGUUGUUGUUGAUCAUGAGUUGUCAUAUUUGGAUGUUGCAAAGGGCCAUGUCAAAGUUACUGUGCACUACAAGAACUUGUUUGACGAUAUGCAUAAGGUUGAUGUGAUUGUGAAAUACAAGUACAAUCCUAGAAGCGUCUUGCUCAAAGUGUUUAAGAUUUCGGGAUUUGUAUUUGUCGGAUUGAUUAGUUACUAUUUGUUGAGUAUUUUAUAG